CCGAAAUGUCAAGCGACUAUUAUUAAUAUAUUGAAAAAUGGCAGAUUCCGACGAAACAGUUGAAUUAUUGUUUUUUGAUACAUUUUCACACGAUAUAAAUGAGGAUUUGAAUUUGGAUUUAGUGCAAUUUCCGCAGCCAGUUUAUAUAGCCGAAGUGCGUAUAAUUCCAUUGGGUGCACGAGUGCAAGCUGAUUUUCCGGGCGGUGUUCGUUUGGGUGCGACAAAUCCAUCAAAAUUUCAUAUACAAUUGUUUGUAAAUGAUUUAUCAAAGCCGGGCGCAUCGACAUUUGAACGUUUAGGUGAUUUUGAAUACAAUCAAAACGAUUGCAUCAAUUAUGAUGCGAAAAAUUGUAACAAUGCAACCGGCGAACGAAUACGACAAAUUCCAACCGAUGGUUUAGUGUUGCGAGGUAGUUAUACAACAAUUACAUUGGCUGUAUACGGUUCGUUAGCAAGUGAUGAAAUUAGAGAACAACAGAUUAGCUCACCACCGCCGCCAAGUGUUCCAAUUGAAGAAAUUUCCAAUUCAUUGGGCAACGAAGAGAAUGCCGAACCAACGCCGGCAAUUGAUUUUAGUUCACCAAUUGUGGCUGAUAGUAAAGAAACAGCACAAAAAUUCUUCGCAAAUGAAACAAAUCCUGAAAAAAUUAUAAAAUCAAAUGUAUCCGUAUCUGAAUCGGCACGACAAUACACGGAAGAUUGGGUUGCAUCCACCGGAAAUGUUGUUCCGAUUAUUCCUAGUUCGGUUGAUGCAAAAUCACCAGAUAUCGAUAAUUGGAAUGCGGAUGAUGAUUUAAAUAAAGCAACAGCGAUUAUUUCAUCGCCACGUUCAGGCCGACGGUCACGAUCUCCAGAUGCACGUAGACUGAAACGAGAUUGGUCAAAAAGUCCCGAAUAUCGACGACAUCGACCAUAUGAACGGAGUGUUUUGGAUAAAAAAUUGCAAAAAUCACGCGAAUAUGAAGCAUCGCGACGUUCACCACCAUCGAUAUCGAAUCGAGUGCCAAGAACACCGUCACCAGAACACAUUCAAUCACCGAGUGAUGCACGACGAACGCCGGAAAGUCAUUUGUCAGACGAUUUUCAUAAAUAUCCAAAAGUUGUGCUGAGCCCGCAAUCGGCAACGGAAGACAAUGAAAAGGCCAUUACAGCUAUUAGUUCAUUGGCACCUACUGAGGCAGAAGAUGAUGCCAUGUCACAAGGUGAACCAUUCGAACCAAUUCUGAGUGACGAUGAAAUUCCCGACGAUGCAACGGAGCAAUACGAAAUGGAUUACGAUGAUGCCGAAAAUACCGUGUAUUCAGCAUUGAAACACUUCAAUCCAUUUACCGAAGAGAUCAAGCACUAUGUAUCGGCCGAUGAAAAAAUGAGCGCAAAUGCUCGUGAAUUGGUUGAAUUGGCAACGAAAUGUUUGCAUCGAUCAAAACUAAAAGAAAGUGCCAGCAUUGAAAAGACAUUUGUUGAAUCACAAUCGAACGAGAUGCGUGAAAAUUGGGUGCAUGCGGCCGAACAACUUAUUCAAAUCAUCAAUUUAAUUUACAAUUUAGCCGGAGCAACACAAACCCGUAGCCAACAGACGCUAAAUAAUUUGGUGUUAUUAAAUCGACAACAAUUAGUUGAUUGGAUGCGAAUCGGUUUGAAUUUCGAUUGUGCCAAUUCACAGCAACAGCCCGGUUACAAAAUUCGGCAUAUGAAGUGUGGUUUGCGGUUGGUUGAAAUGUUGGCCGUUGACGAAACGUUCAUCGAAUGUCUCAUUUUCAAAGAAAAAUUCAACGUUUUCGAAUAUUUAUAUCGAUUGUACGAGCAAAAAUUCAUGGCUUUGUCACUGAAACUGAUGAUCUGUCGUGCUAUUUUCGCAUGUUUGGACACCAAAACUGGCAUUGAAUUUUUCACACGAUUGAAUAGCAACGAUGAAGUGAAGCCAAUUAGUGCAGAGAAUGGCUAUCAAAAAUUAAUAAAACUUUUACAAGAGAAUCCAUUGACACGGAUAAAGUUUCCGUUGAAGGCAAUUUUGAAAAAAGUGAAUUUAUACGAAUCAUUGCAAGUUAUACGGGAUAUUAUGAAACGACGAUUUGUAAACAGUGACAUUAAAUUAGAAGUGAAUGAUGAUGUAGUCGAUGAAGCGCCCGAUGGCAAAUUGCUGAAAGAUUGCCUGAAAGAAGUUUGGUCUGCAUUUACAUGGGACGCACAAAGCUAUUCACAACCAAAACGCUUUUUACCAAUCUCAACGAAAUUUGAAAAAGUUUUGGAUAUGAACGCAAAUAAAAUGGCAUCGAAUAGUUUUAUUCGAUAUUUUCGUAUAAAUGGAUUGAUUGAAUCGCUGUUGAUGAUCAUUUCGCAAAGUACCAAUCACGAUAUUAUUUCGGAAGAUGUGUUCGAUAUGACAUUGCUCAUUUUGGAGUCGUUGUGCAGCACCGAAUGUGGACUGAAUUAUUUGAGUGAAAAAUCGGAAGUGACCAAUGUACUGAUUAAGUGCUUGAUUCAAGCACCACUUGAUGGUCAGCCGGAUGAUGUCGACAUGACUGAACUUGACUCAAUCGCGAAUAAUACAUUGGAUGUGACGGGUGAUAUUGAUGAAGAUUCGAGACGGUAUCAUUUGGGCAUUGAAAUUGCGUAUAAGAUAAAAACCAAAUUCUACUUGGAUUCGAUUGCCGAUUUGCCAUUAAACUGUGAGAAACGCGAUGAACUACUGCCAGAAUAUUUUCAUGGGUUGUACAGUUUGGCUGUGGCCGACAAUUACAUUGGACGCGGUUAUGUUAUCGAGACAAUCACAAUGAGUGGCAAUAUCAUCACGAUUUUAAAGCAAAUUGAGUAUGAGAAAAAGAAGAUAAACGCUGUUGCAUCAAAAAAUGCGACCGCAAGUGAUGCAUCAAAAACGACUGCCGAUAAUUCGAUGCUAAAGAAAUCGCCGACUCUGGGUUAUGCAAUUGAUUUGAUCGAUCUAACGAUUCGUUAUGCCACAACGAAUCUAGACUAUUUACGACAACACGGAUCGGUGCUGGUAAAUUUGGCAAAAUCGCAUGAUCAAUUUGACGAUGCAAGUAUCUCGCAAAUUUUACAAGAGAUGGCAAUAUUCCUGAAACCAUUGCAAUUACAAAAUAUAUUUUGUUACGAUAACAUUGCAUCGUUGUGUGACAUAAUCAAGCGAAGUAUAGAAUUUAUCACCACAUUUCCGGGUGAUUUAAUCAUGGCAUUGCGCAUAAUACGAUAUUUAUCGAUACCAGAUACGUCGAUAUUCAAUGACGGCACCGAUUUUGCCGAUACAUUUGGCGAUGCGGGCGCAACAAAUAAAUUCAAACAGCCAAACGAACAACAUCAAGUCGAAUUAAAAUACAAAUUUGUCAUUUUACAAUUUUAUUCGGCCGACGGGAUAUCAACGUGUAUUCAAAUUUUAGAUAAAUUAACAACGUUUUUCACACAACCAGCUGUUCACAUCGCAACGUUGGGUUCAACACAAGGUCAAAUGCUAACACAAAUACUUUUGCCUACGAUUGAAAUUCUACGAAAAAUGUUGUCUUAUGUAAUCGAUUGUCGAAAUACGGAAUUCAAGGAUUUGACCGCAAUUGAACCGUUAUUGAAGACCUACACAUUGGUCUCAUCGAUUCCGGCUCAAUCGAUUGCUGCCGACGAUGCUCAAGCCAUACAAACGGAAAUUGUUAAAACAUUGCUGGCAUACACACAACCAACGCCAACCGAUGGCGUUGACACCGAAUCGGUGCAAAAAAGUUUAUGGACACAAAUGUUGGGCGAACUUUGUAAAUACAUUAUGAGUGGACCAUACACGAUUGUGUCGGGAUUAUCGUUGUUUUCGCAAUUGUUGCCGGUGCCGUUGCCAAUUUUAACAAAAAAUCCACUGACAAAUGAUGAACAAGCACGUUUGAUCACCGAUCGUCAAUUGUGGUCGGCACAUUUACAUCCGCAGAGCAUUGAAUUGUCAGCAAUGAUUCAGGCACUUUGCAUCUCAUCCUAUGCCCCAUUGAUUGAUAUUUUGAGUCGCGUCAUUGGCCAAUUAUCGGAUUUAGCACCAAACAUGGCAUUACUUGUCACAAAAGCGAUCGUUGAUUCACUACUGAACGAUGGUAGCUCGUCUAUACAAGCGACGACAAAUACACAAAACGGAUCUACAGCGACAACACCAUUGAACACCACCGUUGCCAGUACAUCAUCGUCAACAACAACAGCUACAGCAAUCAGUGCAACACAAACUCAAACGCAACUAAUUCUUGCUUACAUAAAUCCAUCCACAAAACGAAUUUUAGGAUUUUUAACAAACAUUUUAUGUUAUGCGCCAGUGAAAGUGGCCUUUUUAUCAAUGAUUCAUGGAAAAGUGUUUGAAUUACUAACAAAAGUGCUUGCCGUGAAAUCAACAUCGAUUCCAUCGAAUUUAUUGUCGAUUUUAAAUCAGGAACAAGAAUCAGUGCUUAUGAUAUUCCAUACGAUAUUGAAUGGAGACAUUUCACUUGUCGGUCAGACGGAGUAUGGCGUCAGCAAUAGCAAAAUGUUGUCGUCACCAUCAGUCGAUUUAAUCGUUGGUUGCUCAAUACCCUCAAAGGAUUGCUACAUUGGCGUAUUGUCAGCGGUGCUCGAUUGGUUUUUCAACGUUGACGAUUCGCUGAACACAACCGGUUGCCAAUUUGCUGCCAUGAAAACCAUGACACUAGCCACAAACUAUGAUUUCACAUCAUAUCAACUCAAAAUUUUGUUGGAUAAACGCAAAGAUCAACUCCUAUUGAAAUUACGUUCAUUAACUCAGCUGGCAGAUGGUGAUCAGAUUGCUCACGAAAUAUUGUUGGCUUUCUUACAAUUCAUAUUAUCGUUGGCACGUUCAUCGGAUAUUGUAAAAAAUGAGCAACGUUCAUUUGCCUGCAAUGAAUCUGAUCUUGUUAAACUUUUUCAAUUCAAACGAAUUGCCAGCGAUGUGGAUGUGCCAAAUGAAAAUCAACAUCCAUUAUUGGCACUUGAACAAAGCGUACAGAAAAUUCAAGCCAAACUAGAACAAUCGGACGAUGUGAAAAUGCAUUUAGAUGAAAUAUUAUUUAAUUUAAGAAAAUUAUUGAAUAUAUUAGACUCAGGUCUUGCGAUUGUGGCCAAUGCAACAAAAGAAUUGCUUCACGUUGAUUCGCCAGCUGCCGAACCGUCAUUUCCACAAGGCGAAAGUAUUGUCGUUCAAUAUUCAAUGCGACCGAUUUUCAAUGUUGCGCCCAGUGAAUUUAAGCCAAGUGAUUAUCCAGAACAGUUAACAACACAGUACUGGUAUUCACAUUGGUCGGCCAAUCGUUUCGAUGAAAUGAUCGACACUCAAUUGCCGGCAGUCGAUAAUGUGCCGUGUGAUUUCAUUGAAUUGAUAAAAUCAUGUUUACCACCGGAAACAAAUUUAACAAAUGACUGCAAACGACUGUUACAUUUAUCUGCGUCGCCACAAUCAAAUCGAGAACGUACCACAUCGGCACCGUGCUUCCGAACGCGACGCGUUGAAGUUGAACCGAGCACAGGACGACCGGAAAAGAAAUUGUACAUAUCAAGAGGCAGAGGUUUUCCCCGACCAACACAAUCACGUGGCGAUUUAUUCCGAUCAAGACCACCAAAUACUUCACGGCCACCAUCAUUGCAUGUUGAUGAUUUUCUGGCAUUGGAAACAUGUGGAGCCCAACCAACCGGACCAACCGGAUACAAUAAAUUAUCACGUGAGAUGAUUAGCAUUCGCGGCACCAGAGGCGGCAGAGGACGUGGUCGCAUACUUUCAUCAAGCCCUUCAUAUCGACACACAUCGCUACGACGAACAAACUCACCAUCUACGUGGGCAAAUCAUUCGAUGGGCAACAGUAAUCAACAUGAUAGUUCAACGUCAUCGACGGCUUCACAACAUUUUCGUACUGCAACAUCCGAGCCCGUUUCAUCGCACUUCCAAUCUGAUUACUUUGGUUCACGGGGUCGACGUGGUAGUCUUCGACCGCCUAGAUCGUUUAGCAAAUUCAACUAAUCACCGUCUAAAUUAUUAUUUAGUUUACUAGCAAUGUUUUUGAAUUUCGUUUUCCGACAAAUAAAUGAAAUAUAUUACAAAUUUCCCCGACACCUGGAUCGAGUGGGCACUCACAUAAAAAACCAUGUAUACAACAAUAACAAAACAAAAAUAUAAGAAGAAAAGGCAACAAAAAAAUACGACAUAAAAAUUGAUUUUAAUUUUUAGUAAUAGAUUUACAAUUAUAGCACGCAAAAAUGCGUGAAAAUUAUUUGAAUUUUAUACAAUAUAUAAUGUCAAGAUAAAAAAAAACAAACACAUACACGUAAUCCAUAGCAAUAAAUAAA